UGGAGAGCGGGCGGGCGGACGGACGGACGGUCGGGCAGGCUCGGCGGUCGUGCUGGGGAGGUUGCAGCCGGGGUCUCCUUUCUCCUCCUCCGCUGCUGUUGCUGAUUUCCCCCUCGCCGGGUCCCUCUCCCCCCCCGCUCCAUCUUUGGGGGGGCGCAGCGGAGGGGCAGAGGGGGCGCCUGCGCAAGAUCAUGCCGGACCAGAUCACUGUGUCGGAGUUUAUUGUUGAGACCACGGAAGAUUACAAUUCCCCAACGACGUCCAGUUUUACCACCCGGCUACAGAACUGCAGGAACACCGUCACGCUGCUAGAAGAGGCUUUAGAUCAGGACAGAACUGCACUACAAAAAGUGAAAAAAUCUGUAAAAGCAAUAUAUAAUUCUGGACAAGAACAUAGCCAAAAUGAAGAAAGCUAUGCACAAGUGCUAGAUAAAUUUGGAAGUAAUUUCUUAAGUAGAGAUAAUCCAGACCUGGGCACUGCUUUUGUAAAAUUUUCCACACUAACUAAGGAAUUGUCAACACUGCUUAAAAACCUGCUGCAAGGCUUGAGCCAUAAUGUUAUCUUCACCUUGGACUCCCUGUUGAAAGGGGAUUUGAAAGGAAUUAAAGGGGAUCUCAAAAAGCCUUUUGAUAAAGCCUGGAAGGAUUAUGAGACCAAAUUCACGAAAAUUGAAAAGGAGAAAAGGGAACAUGCCAAGCAACAUGGGAUGAUACGGACAGAGAUUACUGGGGCUGAGAUAGCAGAAGAAAUGGAGAAAGAGAGAAGGCUGUUUCAGCUCCAGAUGUGUGAAUAUCUCAUUAAGGUUAAUGAAAUCAAGACGAAAAAGGGUGUGGACCUUUUACAAAAUCUUAUUAAGUAUUAUCAUGCACAAUGCAAUUUCUUUCAAGAUGGCUUGAAGACAGCUGAUAAACUCAAACAGUACAUUGAAAAGCUAGCUGCUGAUUUAUAUAAUAUAAAACAGACACAAGAUGAAGAAAAGAAGCAACUUACUGCAUUGAGGGACUUGAUAAAAUCCUCUUUACAACUUGACCAAAAAGAGGAUUCACAGAGCCGGCAAGGAGGAUACAGCAUGCAUCAACUUCAGGGAAAUAAAGAAUAUGGCAGUGAAAAGAAAGGAUACCUUUUAAAGAAAAGCGAUGGCAUACGGAAAGUUUGGCAGAGAAGAAAAUGCACAGUUAAAAAUGGCAUCCUGACCAUCUCCCAUGCAACUUCAAACAGGCAACCUGCUAAAUUAAAUCUGCUUACAUGCCAAGUGAAACCAAACGCCGAAGACAAGAAAUCAUUUGACCUGAUAUCACAUAACAGAACAUACCACUUUCAGGCAGAAGAUGAGCAAGAUUAUGUCGCUUGGAUAUCAGUAUUGACCAACAGCAAAGAAGAAGCUUUAAAUAUGGCAUUCCGGGGAGAACAGAGCACAGGGGAGAACAGUCUUGAAGAUCUUACAAAAGCCAUCAUCGAUGACGUUCAGAGAUUGGCUGGAAAUGAUGUCUGUUGUGACUGUGGAUCACCAGAUCCAACUUGGCUUUCUACUAACCUGGGCAUCUUAACCUGUAUAGAAUGUUCCGGAAUACAUAGAGAAAUGGGUGUUCAUAUUUCUCGAAUCCAAUCUUUAGAACUGGACAAAUUAGGAACAUCCGAACUCUUGCUGGCCAAGAAUAUAGGAAAUAAUAGUUUUAAUGACAUUAUGGAGGGAAACUUACCAACUCCAUCUCCAAAACCCACUCCAUCAAGUGAUAUGACUGCCCGCAAAGAAUUUAUUACUGCUAAAUAUGUUGAUCAUAAGUACUCCAGAAAGACCUGUGCGUCGGCAGCAGCUAAACUGAAUGAACUACUAGAGGCUGUUAGAUCCAAGGAUUUACUUGCACUACUUCAAGUCUAUGCAGAAGGAGUUGAACUAAUGGAACCACUCUUAGAGCCUGGACAGGAGCCAGGUGAAACUGCUCUUCAUUUAGCAGUCCGGACUGCUGAUCACACCACACUCCAUCUGAUCGACUUCCUUGUACAAAACUGUGGAAACCUGGAUAAGCAAACAGCGUUGGGGAAUACAGUUCUACAUUAUUGCAGUAUAUAUAACAAACCAGAGUGUUUGAAGUUGGUUUUGAAGGGGAAGCCAACUUUGCAUAUAGUAAAUCAAGCUGGCGAAACUCCCCUGGACACGGCGAAGAGACUGAAAGCUCUCCAGUGUGAAGAUCUGCUCUCCCAGGCCAAAGUGGGAAAAUUAAAUCCGCAUGUUCACGUCGAAUACGAGUGGAAUCUUCGGCAGGAAGAAAUGGACGAAAGUGACGAUGACUUGGAUGACAAGCCUAGUCCGAUUAAGAAAGAACGCUCUCCGAGGCCGCAGAGUUUUUGUCAUUCUUCCAGUAUUUCUCCUCAGGACAAAAUGGCUCUUCCCGGUCUUAGCGCUCCACGAGACAAACAGAGACUGUCCUAUGGCGCCUUCCCACAUCAGAUUUUUGUCUCUGCCAGCAUCGACUCUUCCACUUCGCCAACAACUGUAGAUGGGCCCCCACUUCCUCCAAGAAAUGCUGGAAAAGGUCCAACAUGUCCUCCUUCAACUCUCCCAUUAAGCACUCCAGCCUCUAGUGGCAGCUCCACCCUGUCUAAGAAGAAGCCCCCUCCCCCACCCCCUGGACACAAAAGAACCCUAUCAGACCCACCCAGCCCACAACCACAUGGGCCCCAGAAUAAGGCCCAAAUGUCUUGGGGUAAUGAUCUGGGUCCGCCAGCCACCAAAACGGCAAACAAGUUCGAAGGGAUGUCUCAACAGUCAGGCACCGGGACUGCUAAGACUGCCCUGGGCCCAAGAGUGCUUCCCAAACUACCUCAAAAAGUGGCAUUACGAAAAAUAGAAACGAUUCAUCUUCCUUCACUAGACAAAUCCAGCCACCACUCAGAAAUCUUUCAAAAGUCAGCUUCUCUUUGUAUCGAUCUGCCCCAGAAGCCCCAGCCUGCAGAUUUAGCCCCCAAACCAGGAGAAUUACCCCCCAAACCCCAACUGGGGGACCUGCCCCCCAAACCCCAACUAGCCGACUUACCUCCGAAACCCCAAAUGAAGGAUCUCCCUCCGAAGCCACAGCUAGGAGAAACGUUGGCAAAAUCUCCUGGUGGGGAGCUGUCCCCCAGAUCUCAGCCUCCCGAGGCCAAUCAGAAAUCACCCAAUAUGGAUCUUUCCCCAAAGAUUCAAUCGAAAGAGAUUGUCCAGAAACAAGCAUCUGAAGACUCUGGAGAUACAACGCCUGGAUCAGCUGAAACCCCUGUGCCACUUCCUAGAAAAAUAAACAUGGGAAAGAAUAAAAUCAGGAGGGUGAAGACAAUCUACGAUUGCCAAGCAGAUAACGACGAUGAGCUUACGUUUGUGGAAGGUGAAAUUAUUAUCGUAACAGGAGAGGAGGAUCAAGAGUGGUGGAUCGGCCACAUCGAAGGAAAGCCGGAACGGAAAGGGGUCUUCCCUGUCUCCUUCGUCCACAUUUUAUCAGACUAACUCCAGCCAGAAAUGUUGAGUAUUGCACAUUGUUCCUGCAAGUCAGGCUUUAAGCACGAAGCGAGACAGCUGCUGCAUCCUUGUAAUUCUGUGCAUAAUUGUGGAUAUUGAUGUAUAUAUAUAUAACUGCUGUUAACAAGACGAGAAGUCGGUCCUGCCCGUACGGAGGGCUCAUCAAACCUGCAAUUGUAUAUAGAAAGUGUUCUUUUGCCAUUGCCAGUAUUAUGGUCAUUGUCGGAGCUGGCAUGCCUUAUUGGGUUGGUCAAGCCAUUCUUGGCAUCAAGCACUUAAAAAAAAAAAUUGUCUGUGUGUAUGAACUGCCAGCUUUCUAAAUAAACUGUUAGUCCCAUUCACUCCCAUUCAGCUGUGCAGAAUUUACCAUCCCUAAUAAUACAUCAGUAUUCUCGGAAGUAGAUAGCUAGCAGCGUUUCUCUUUUCUCCCCCAAAGGAACAGCAGAUAUCCAUUGACAGCUACCCCACCUGCACCGUCGACAGCUUGUGAAAUCCCCUUUCCUUGGUAUUCAUUUAGAGAAAUAUAUAUGUGUGUAUGUGUGUGUGUGUCCGAUGUAUCCAUCCAAUGAACAGAAAUAUGCACUAAUGCUACAGAUAAAACCGGUAGGGUUUUUAGGGUGCGUAGGUCACCUGUUCAUGUUUGUAUUCUGUAACUUUGGUCUUUUACCUCACUGGGCUCCAUCUCAAAGUCUUCAAUAAAAAAAUUAUUCCACCUCGCAAAGGAAACCAUGCAAGAUUCCUGGCUGUAGGUUUUCUUUCAGGGUCUCCAUAUAAAGCACAUUCCUGUACCGUACCUGCAUGGCUUCUUCAUAUCUCUGCUUAUAGUCUCCGUUCGGGCAAAUGGCAUUUGUCAGCUUUUGUCUUUCGGUUUCAAGUAGGGCAGCUUUGGGGGAGUGAUCUCUUUACCACCCAGAUCGAAAUAUCAGCUGAUCGGAGUUUUUGCUGGCUAACUCAUUGGUUCAUUAAGCUAUUGGAAGAUUUCAACCUUCCUUCCAACUGCGCCGUACCGUUUUCGGGUCACAAUAUCAUUCUCGUAUUGCCGCCUGGAGAAAUCAAAAUCGUUAGCGAAACAAUUUAAAA